AGUGAUUGUAGUUCAAGUUGUUAAGGGAGGUGAACAUUUCUCUAUUUGAGCAGAUGACCCUAACUUUGAACAAAUUCAACCUUGUGCCUCAAAUUCUCUGUUUAAAAUAUUUCAAGUUAUUUGUGGCAUGGCCCUUGGGGAAAAAAUUAUUCAACUGAAGCCUCCAAACCCCAAAAUCCAAAUAUUGAGUGUCUCACCAGAACAUCAUUAGGUAGAUAUUAGUUACCCAGUGAAAGUGACUGAUCCUGUCAGCCUGUGGGGAUUUUCCAAACAUAAAAGCCCCCUCUUUACAUGUGUCUCAGUAUCAGCUAAGCGUCUUACAUACUUCCUCUGCUGGGGAUGGAGGAGCCCAGCAACAGCAGCCAAUCAAAUCAAGAGGAAAUGCUUUAUUAUUAAUUAAUAGAGGUAACACUAUACAUAAGUAACAUCACCUAAAUUUUAAAGUUUGUGGAAACAAUUAGGACAAGCUGUAUAGAUAAACUUUAUACAUAUUGAUCUCCAAAUUUUAAAUGGAAAAUUGAUCAAAACUUCCAAGGAGUUUAUUCUAUAUUGAGUGAAGUUUUGAUUAUCCUCUGACCUAUAAUGCAUGUUUAUAAACAGAUGGAUUCAUGUGAUCGAAGUCAAGAUCUGAAGUCUUGCCUAGUUUAUGUCUCAGUCUGCUGCUGGUAAUGAUACCUGCCAGGCGUGCAGCAGCUCAGUGUAACGAUAACACCAAGUGUAGAGUUACCAACCCGACUCCGCAGCAGUGUUGCUGAGCAACAUCCGAUAACAUUGAAGACACGUCGAGAUCAAGUUAGACACCUGUUUUCAGAUCUGCUUUUCGUUUGGCUGCUUCAGCACCCCAGACAUGGACUGGCCCCAGGAAACAGCUCAGUCAGAGUUAGCAAGAAGCUUUAUUGGCUUGUUUUCUUGGAGGAUUCACAAUGUCUUGAAACAAGGAGAGAAGACGCAGACAAAUUGAGGUACAUAAGAGCAGGUCUGUAAGCAUGUAAGAGUCCUUUUAGAGGGAUGUUCAAGAAGCUCAAUAAUGUGUUCCGACCCAACCAUCAUGAAAACAGAGGCCGAGGUGAUGGUGGGCUUCACGGCGACUACCACAGCGCCUGCACGGUCCGACUGGUCCGCAGCACCUCCAUGCUGGUGGUGGGGGAGAGAAGUCGCUCUUCCGAGGGGUCAACCCUGACGCGGAGCAAGAGCAGUGUGAGCAUCGAGUCGACUCUGUACUAUUACCAGAGGCAAGAGGACAGGAUUUGGCUGUACUCCCAAAACCAGAACUGUCUGGAGUACCUGGAGGCUCUGGUGGCUCUCAGGAGGCAGUACACUAAAAGUGUUAGCGACCUGAAGAGCAACGACGCCAAGAGUGCAGCGUGUCCGAAGAGGAAACCCGCACCCCCACCUCCAAAGACGGAGGAACCGAUACUAAGACCCAAACCAUCCACGCCUCCGGUCCCCACAGAGGAGGACACGCUGCAGUUCUUUGAUGAGGUUAUCGCCAGCUGUGACAGCGAACCUCUGCGUAAACCCUACAAGGACGACGGCCACGCAGACGUAGACUUCAUAGUGGCCUCCAGCUCAGCCGAGCACGACCUUCACUCCAACUGGGUGUUGAGGGUCCCGCGGGUCGCAGACGACUCUGAACUGAGUGAAGCUCCCGAUAGUGCCAAGGAAAGCGCAUCAAAGAAGGAGAAGAAGAAGAAGAAGCAGCAGCAGCAGACCGGUUCCACAAGCAGCAGACUACGACUGCAGAGGAACCCGAUCCACCUGCCCAAAGUGGUGGAGAGUGCAUUCCAGACCCUGCGCUUUAAGCCCAAAUUAAAAAAGCAGUGAGGCUAACGUGGACACGUGAAACCAGCAGCACUGCCGUGACGCUGACAGAGCUCAGGCUAAAUUGUUUUCGCGGGCAAUACAUCUUUUUAAGACUGUUACACACUGACGCUGCAGCAAUCACAGUGGCUGGCAAACGUAUUCACACCCCUUCAACCUUUUCACAUUUUGUCUCAUGCGGUUUUUAUUUUGUAGAUCAACACAAAGUAGUGCAUAAUAAUGAAGUGGAAAGAAAAUCGAUACACAAUUUUCUGAUCUUUUUACAAAUAAAUAAUCAUAAAAAAUUACCCUGAUUCUUCCCUCUUCACUCUCAUCCCGAUGAAUAAAAUCAAAAGCAACCAACUACUUUGAGGGGAAACCUGACUUAAUAAAAUUGACACAGCUUUGUGUAAAUAAAUCCCUAGGUCCAGCGCCUGGUUGGAUAUAGUGCCGCCAUCAAGGCGCAUCUCCUCCUCGGAGCUGCAGUUUCCAAUCUUCAAAGCUUCCGACUCACAGAGCAGCCCUUCCCCGCAACUACC